AUGGAAGACUCGCACCCUGAAAGCACAACAACACCCAGCGCCGACAGCGCCCCUGUCGCGCCUGAUGCCUCGAAAGCAAGCACACCGCGUCCUCCAUCAAGGCCCGCACUCGUCCAGACGCUCCGCUACUUACUUGCCAGGCGCAUGCGAAAUGCUGCGCACUCCACAGACCGCAGUCUACUCCGCCUCUCCGCGCUGCUAUCAACGCCGGCUGGCAUCGAUGUGGUCCUUUGCACGACAGGCUACACCCUCACUCUCGUGUACGCCCUCGGCCAACAAGUCCUCGAGAAACGGCUCGCAGCCGUCGCCUCAGACCUGGCAGAUAAAGCCGUCGACGUGAUGCUCCCAGGCGAGACGCUGAUCGCCGCGCUUCCCGCCUCAGCGAGCACGAAGCUGCUAGCUCAGACUGUUGGGUCGUCGAAAGCAAUCGCAGAUGUGAUUGCCGACUACAGGAUAUUCGUGCGCAUGUGGGGCAUGCUAGGGCUGUAUACAUGGGCGAGGGGCACGUAUCUGUCGCCGCUGCCGGAAGAGGCGACACGGAAGGAGAGGCUGUUGAGAGGGACAACGUGGGCCGCUAUUGCGUCGUGUGUGGCGUUCCAGGUCCUCGAGAACGGCGCGUACGCAGCGUCCAAGGGCAUGCUGACAAGUGAGGCGUGGACUGGCCAAGUGGGGAAGAAGCGGGAGACAUGGUGGUGGGUGUGGAGUUCGCGAUUCUGGGCUGCCUACGUUGGGUGUGAGAUCUUGAGAUUGACCAUUGAGCGGGCGUACACUGAGCCAGGGCUUGAGGCCGUUGGAGAUGGUGAGAAGGACGAUAAGUUGAGGGCAGACCAGGAGAAGAAGGACGUGUACAGCAAGAGCUUCACCUGGUGGAAGGAUCUGGUCAGCAACAUCGCCUAUGCGCCCAUGACGCUGCACUGGUCGGUCGAGGCGGGUCUUCUGAGUGACUUGCAGGUCGGCAUAUUUGGGACCAUCGCUGGCAGUGCGUUGUUGGCCGAUGCAUGGAGGAAGACCGCCUAG